AUGAUUUCUGCAUCAAGUGCAUGUAUCAUAAGAGUUCCAACUGAAGUAGUUAAACAACGUAUGCAAACAAAACAAUAUGCUUCAACUUCUUCAGCAUUGAAAAUUAUUUUUAAGCAAGAAGGAUUAAAUGGAUUUUAUCAUGGAUAUUUUAAUACUAUACCUUUUACUUGUUUUCAAUUUCCACUUUAUGAAUAUUUAAAAAUUUUAGUAGCAAAUAAUACUAAAAGAAAUCAUAUUGAACCAUGGGAAGCAGCAAUCUGUGGUAGUAUAUCUGGUGGUUUUGCAGCUGCAAUUACUACUCCAUUAGAUCAUCAAACUGUACAUAAUUAUUCUGGUACAAUUAAUACGUUUAAUAGAAUUUUACAUGAAGAAGGAUUUAGAUAUUUAUUUUCUGGUAUUGGACCAAGAGUUAUUUGGAUGAGUAUAG